AUGUCCCUCUGCGGGCUCAACAAAGGCAGCACCUCCUUCGGCCGCAAGCCCUUGCAGCGAAAACUCGUCGUGUUAGGUGACGGCGCCUGUGGGAAGACGAGUCUGUUGAACGUCUACACCAGGGGGUACUUUACGGCUAUCUACGAACCGACUGUGUUCGAGAACUACGUACAUGAUCUCGUUGUCGACGAUACCCAAGUUGAGCUCUCCCUAUGGGACACAGCAGGGCAAGAAGAGUUCGACCGACUGCGUUCUCUCUCCUAUGCAGAGACACAUCUCGUCCUUUUGUGUUUCUCGGUCGACAACCCCGCUAGUUUGGAGAAUGUCGAGGGAAAGUGGAUUGAGGAAGUAUUGGAGUACUGCCCAGGUGUGAAGAUCGUGCUAGUCGCACUCAAAUGCGAUUUGAGGGACGACCAGCCCACCCGGGACCGACUGGCUCUCCGCGGGCUGCAGCCUGUAGAAUACGAGCAAGGACUGGUGGUCGCACGUCGAAUACGCGCAAGUCGGUACCUUGAGUGCUCGGCGAAACAUGGACGAGGGGUGAAUGAGGUGUUUUACGAAGCUGCGAGAGUGAGCAUCAGCACUGGUGCCAAGGGGAACACUGGGUGCGUGAUCAUGUAGCCGCACGGUUGUAUGCCUGCUGUGAUGCGACGCUGCGGUCUGCUCUUCGUCUUCGUCUUC